CUUUCCUUGCGCUUGCCUUGCCUUUAGCUCGCAUUCGGCCGUGGACCGCCGAUCGCGCAGCGCUUGUGUAACUCAGCUCGGGUGUCGUGCGCAACCUACAUCAACAUUGACGCCAUUGAACCACUUUGCAGAAACAUCAACGGAAAUGAUAGGUGAGGAAGAACGCUUACACCAAUGUGGGGAAUGCGGACUGAUGCUUUCCACGCGAAGUGCGCUAACUGCUCACGCGCGUUCGCAUCGGGCAGCUGCUGAUGCACAUCGUUGCGACGUUUGCCAGAAAACUUUCGCCGUGCCGGCACGUCUACAACGCCAUUAUCGGACACACACCGGCGAGCGGCCUUUCGAAUGCGAAUACUGCCACAAGAUGUUCAGUGUUAAGGAAAACUUGCAAGUACAUCGACGUAUACAUACAAAGGAGCGACCCUACCGAUGUGGCGUGUGUGGUGCGGCUUUUGAACAUUCCGGAAAACUUCACCGCCACGCUCGUAUACACACUGGUGAGAGACCCCACGCGUGUCCGCAUUGCCACAAAACUUUUAUACAAUCUGGACAACUUGUUAUACAUUUACGAACGCACACCGGUGAAAAACCAUAUCGUUGCCCGGCCCCUGGCUGCGGGAAGGGUUUCACUUGCUCAAAACAAUUAAAAGUACAUUCACGUACGCAUACCGGGGAACGUCCAUACACUUGUGACAUUUGCCUGCGUGAUUUUGGAUACAAUCACGUCUUAAAACUUCAUCGUUUCCAGCACUAUGGAGAAAGGUGUUACCGUUGUACAGUUUGUGAUGGAACCUUCAACACAAAAAAGCAAAUGGAAGCUCACAUUUACAAAGAGCACGGAGCGGAAACACCUAGAUCUUCGUCACAACAAUCUCCCCCACCACUAGCAGUUAAUGGAAACAUGAUGUGUGAUAUAGUUGAAGCUGCGCUGCAGCAGUUACCACCAACACCACCGAGCUCCCCUCCUUCACCUCAGUGUCCAGUGGUGCCUGUUCCUGUGCCAACAAUGCCAGCCUCCCCAGUCAUGCCAACAUCGUCUCCUACGCCACCUUCUCCACCACCAACUGGUUCACACUGUUCGCUUCCUCAUUCUUCGCUUCCUCCUCGAAAGCGGAAGCUUAUUCUACAACCUGAGGAACCGACCCCAGCGGUUCGUCAUACAUCAGUAAUCCAAUUUGCCCCUGCAGCUGGUGAUGUUUCGUAGCAUCUUA